AUGACCAAAGAGCCAAACUGGAAAAUGGGAUCUCGACUGGAGUUAGUGGUGCUUCUUGUUUUGAUGACAACAGCUUCAUCUGCUGCCCUGAGCAGAGAGGAAUUUACAGAAGCAGUGGCGUAUUUAAGGAGGUAUGGUUAUCUGCACAUCCCACUGGACAGUAAAGGCCAAAACCAUCCACCUGAGGCGAUAGCUGAAGCUGUGAGAAUCUUUCAGAAAGUGACAAACCUGCAAAUAACAGGAAAAAUAGAUUCAGCCACGCUGGCAAUGAUGAACAAACCUCGCUGUGGUCUAGAGGAUUCUUUCAACAACAAAUCUCUCAAAUAUCGAGUCAUGGGUUACUGGCGUAAGAAGAUGCUGACCUACCGCAUCUAUAAUUACACUCCUGACCUGGGUCAGGGAAAGACCCGUCUGGCCAUCCAGAACGCGUUUAAGUACUGGAGUGACGUGUCCCCUCUAAGGUUCAGGGAGUUGCACGGGGGAAGAGCAGACAUCAAAAUCUCCUUUCACAGAAAGGAUAAGACAUGUCCUGUUCCUUUUGAUGGCCGAGGGCAUGUCUUGGCCCACGCUGAUGCCCCUGAGUCGGGCAUUGUGCACUUUGACGAAGAUGAACUGUGGACAGAGGGGAAGAGCCAAGGCUCCAACCUGAGGAUUGUUGCAGCUCAUGAGAUUGGUCACGCUCUCGGCCUGGGCCACUCACAAUACUACAGUGCUCUCAUGGGACCUGUGUACAACGGAUACCGCACAGACUUCAAGCUGCAUCCAGACGACAUACGAGGGAUUCAGGCUUUAUACGGAAAGCUGGAGAAUAUUCUUCCUUCCAGAAAUCCAAGUCGGUCAGUACCAGGAGUUGUUGCAGAUCCUUGCAAGGCCACGCUGGAUGCAGUUAUGUUGGGUCCUUUGCAUAAGACGUAUGCUUUCAGUGGUCAGUAUGUGUGGACAUUGUCCAGCUCAGGCUACAACUCCCCCAUCCUGAUCUCUGCACUGUGGAAGGAGCUGCCAGGAAGCCUCAACGCGGCUGUUCACUCUCAGCGGACCGGCAAGUCCUAUUUUCUGAAAGAGGACAAAGUUUGGAGAUACACAGGAUUCAAACUUGACCAUGGCUUUCCCAAACGCUUGGCCAAUAUCCCUGCAAACAUCGACUCAGCCAUGUACUUCAAUAAGAAUAAAAAACUGCUGUUUUUCAAAGGUUCUGGAUACUGGCAGUGGGAUGAAAUUGGUCCAACAGACUUCAGUUCAUAUCCAAAAUCUAUUGGGCAGCUCUUCCACGGGGCACCCAGCAAUACUGAUGCUGCAUUAACAUGGACAAACGGUUAUAUAUACAUGUUCAAAGGCACUCAGUACUGGCGUGUAAACCCAAACCACCAAGCAGUGGAGAAGGCCUAUCCUCUAAACACCGCCACGCACUGGAUGCAUUGUGACGACUGAGCCACCAGAGGCCACCAGGGAUUCAACACAAACCUCAUCUUGCACUGAUUCAGUAUAAUAACAGUGAGAGAUGCUUAUUUAUUAGGAGC